CAUUCAUUCACUCAUUCGCUCACUCGCUCACUCACUCGCUCACUCACUCACUCACUCCGUCACUCGGACUCAUCGCCUACGCCCCCGCCUCCCUAGGCCGCAGCAAGCAUAUUCAUCAUUCAUCCUUAGCCUAUCAUGUUCCAUCCAACCCGAGGAGGCACGCGCGGUGGUCAGGACCAGUUUAAAUGGGAGGACGUCAAGGAAGACAAGCACAGAGAAAACUAUCUUGGAAACUCGCUGCAUGCAGCCGUGGGUCGGUGGCAAAAGGGCCGUGAUGUCACUUGGUAUGCAAAAGCCGGCAGCAGCGAUAAGGACCUCGCCACCAUCCAGGCCAACAAGCAGGCUGAGGUCCAAAGCAUCAAAGACGCGGAAGCAGAAGCCAUGGCAGAAGCAUUAGGAUACAAGACCAAACGCAAGGUCGAGACCAAUGUCACAGAGAAGGAGCUCAAGUCCGCAAUUAGUAAAACUAACAAUGGAGUUCAAGACGAAAUGGACGAAAGAUUGAAAGAUUCUUCUGCAAUCGAAGGCCUCGGGUUCAAGAAUCGUGCACAAAGAAUGUAUGCUGAUAACCGUCCAGAGAACGGAUCACGCAGGCCUGCGACAGCAGCGAACGCCACACCCAUUGUGCCUUUGAUCCCACAAGCUAUUGUGCCAGAGGCGAAUAAGGUCAAGGCACGAGGAGAACGGUCGUUGAAGGAGCAAAAAGAAUCGAUCAAGGAUGAAUCAGAGGCACGCCGCAAGCGACAUCGACACGACCGCGACCGGAGCAGAAGCAGGGAACGGAGCAGAGACAAGGAAAGAAGGAGCGACAGAGACAGGGGAAGAGAAAGGGAUGGACGCGGUUCAUCCAACAAGGGCCAUCGCGAGGACAAGCGGCGCAGGGAUAGGAGCGGGAGCAGGAACAGAGACAGAAGCAGAAGCAGGAGUCCAGAGAGACGGACCCGCGACAGGGACCACGGACAUUCGCGACACGACCGUAGUCCGCGUCGGGAGCAGGAACGGGAGCACAGGAAUGAACGCAGGCAUCGCAACCGUAGUCGCAGCCGAAGCUAAAGCCGUAGCUGGGCGUGAGAGUAGCGGUGUUUUUCUUUGCUCCACGUAGUAAUGAAUGGAAACUGUAUUUUAUUUGCCUCAAAAUGCACUAUUAAAAGCGCUUGCAUGGUAGACUAUGGUUCACCACAGC